AUGGCGCGUCCUCUCCUCAAUAUCGAUUACCCCUCCGUAGAGGAACGUAUCGCCGACUCGACAGAAUCAUGGAUCAAGGAUCUGAAAUCGCUCUUUGACAAUGCCAAAGAUAGGUUCGGGGAUGUUUGUUGGGAGAGUGAAGACUUGUCGAUCAACAAGAUAUGGGGUCAUAAAGCGAUAAUAUACUCUCGUGCACCUAAAGCUUUCAAAGAACGUUAUUUCAAGAUCAGAUCUAACAGUAAUGGGAGCACCUCUCGAUUGCUAUCACCAGCUUUACUACCAUCCAGAAGCACCUCUCGACCUACUUCACCUUCAUCCAACUAUUUCCUACAACCUCACUCGUACAACCCUUCUUUCUCCCAGUUGUCAUUGCUCACUGCCAAUAGCGAAGGAACGCUCAGACCAGGUGAAGAUGUGCUGCAACUCCAGAGUGAAGAGAUACCUGAGAUGUUCCUCACUCAACUCGAAUGGUUGUAUACCGGUGAAGGUUUAGGCGAUGUAGUUCAUUGGAUCGACACCGAGUCCGAGUCUGACAACACUUCUUCAUCCAGACCUCUUCGUCCAUCUUCCACAUCCCAGGGUGAUCUCAAAGAACGCCGAGAUAAAUUAGGUCAAGACUUGACCUACAUGUGGAGAAGCAAGCUCUAUGCGGAUGUCCGUAUCCACCUCGAUCAUUUAAUCUCUUCCCCAUCCAGCGGCGAAAAUACAGACGACUCAGAUGGAUCUUCAGUCGAUUCACUCUCUUCAACAGCUGUGUUCACAUCUCAUAAAUUCAUCUUAUCUUCCAGAUCACCUUAUUUCGCUUCUGCCCUACUUAACCAUUCAUCGUUCCGACCUACCACCAACGGUACUGGCACCUCGGAUAUACAUCUACCUACACCUCCAUUUACUCCGGCAUCAUUACAUUUCUGCUUGGGAUACAUCUACGCUGGACAUUUAGAUUUCUCCAAUAGGACUUUCGACCUCACUACUUCAUUUGCAAUUCACAGAGCAGCGGCUUAUCUCCAAUUGGACUCCCUUGUGGCUGAGAUAGAAAGUAGGAUAGUCCAUGAUUUCGCCCACGGAUUAGAUUGGGAUACGUGUAGAUGUAAGAAAUGUUUGGUUAGAAUACCGAGAAUAUGGAAAUUCGCUAUAUCGCCUGACGUCGCUGGUACCGCUAUCACAUUAGAACAUCGUGCUAAAGUAUAUUUGACUAGAAGUUGGACAGAAAGUUGGAUUAGUAGUAAAGAGAUCGGUUUAUGCGAUUUGACAGAAAGAGAUAUGCUGGUGAAAAGUGUACAAGAAAGUGUACAUCCGCAAAAUGUAAUUUCGAAUUUUCAAGCUAUGAAUAAUAUAAGGAAUAAAUUGAAUAAUGCCCUCAGAACGAGAAUUGGUGGGAAGAGAGAUUGGAUAUCGAAUGUAGAAGAAAUGGUAAAUGAAGUGGAAAGUAAAGGUUUGAGAAUGCUGUUGGAUCAUUUUCCAGCGGUAGUGGGAGGUAGAGAAUUUUCAGAAUUGGUUAAUGAUACUUCCUUUAAUCUGGAUACUUUGGAGUAUGUAUUGGACAAGGUGACAGAGCGAGUCGGAUCUGGAGAAGGAUAUAGGGAAGCUCCAGCGAUCUAUCAAAGCCUCGUAACAUUCUCAACUUCCAAGAACGAAAAUGGCAACUCCCUCCAACCCCGUAACACACCUGGUUCGAGAAGUCAGACUAUACUACGCAAUACGAAAAGUAAGAUCCUAUCUCAUAUAAAUAGACGAUGGAUGCAGAUCAGGGAUGUAGAUGGGUUCCGGAAUAUUGAACCGUCAAUACUUAGAGAAAUUAGUGUUGAGAUAGACGUUCCCCUACAGGAUCUGAUAGGCGGUACCAAUCUCCCCUUCCCUCCUCAUGCGAACGGAUUCGGCAACACGAACAAAACUACUCCGAGUCGAUCCAAGGCUAGUAUCGCCGCAGCCGACCGAUUCACCUCUCAGACCCAACCUGAACCUCGACCUCACACCAAUGGCUUGAAGAGACUUCGACUACAUAGUUCAGUCUCGACUUCAUCUUCUACUGGAAGUCUCAGUCGAGCGUCUAGAUUCAGUCUAGAUAAUAGACCGGAAAGGUCUACUCCUAGCGUAUCCUCUACACGGACGAUCACUCAGAAUGGCUCAACUACUUCGCUCAACUCACAACGCAGACCAAUCACAAGUCGAAUGGUCGGUGAAACAGCAACAGCAACAACCUCGGCAUCAAGACUAGCGAAUCCUCCUCCACCACCUUUGACCGAUUCGAAUUCGACAAAUACUAAUACAGUCACCACUGACGGAGAUAAACGUCUGACUCCUCUUGCUCCUAAGAUCACAUCACCCAGAUCGGUAGCUUCGUCGAAGAGAUCGGCGGCGACUAGUAUCGGAUAUAAACCUUCACCUUCUGUAUCAAGUUUGAGGAAGGAAUCUACCAGUACCUCCUCGCUUUCUCCAUUAUCGACAAAAUCAUCUGCCUCCCCUAUAGUCAGACCUAGGAUAUCUAAUGUAUCGCCCAAACCUCGUCUGGAUUCUCAAGCUACCAGAAUGGUCGGGGUAGAUCGUGAUACACGCGCUGUCCGUCCAACACAAUUGAAACCGAAGACGAAUCCUCCGUCACUCAAUAACGAACCUCCACUUGCUUCUCCCAAACCCCAGGCUAGGAUCACAGGCAAGCCGUGGACUGGACCUAGUAUAGUGUUGAAUAUAGGUAUACCAUGUAUCGUAUCACAUCUGCAUCCAGAUGGGAGAUCGAGAUUGAGAUUUCAGGCAUGUGUAAGAUAUAUAGGACAUAUGGAGAAGUCAAAAGGCCCAUGGAUCGGUAUUGAAGGAAAUGAUAUUUCCAAAUUGGGUAUCAAAACUCUGAAAGAAGGUAGUAAAGAUGGUGUCAAGUAUUUUGAUGUGACAGAACCUAAGAUUGAUGAAAAUGACAAUGAAAGAUCAAGAUCUAAAGUUGAAAAUUCGACAUCGACUUUGAGAAAUAGGAAGAUUUCAUCUUCUUUGACGGAUCAUCGUCGUCAUCAUCCAAGAUUAUUACAAGAUAGAGACAAAGAUAAAGCGAAAACCUCGAGUAAAAGUCAAUCGGUGGAAGUUUUAUUCGUUAGACCUGCUGAGGUUGUAUUCAUCAUGACUUCUGAUCAGACAUGA